AAAAUACAGGAAGCAACAAGGAUAUGACGCUAAAUACAACACCUCCACAAAUAUCACUGGAUUUCUAAAGCCCAUUUUCUCGUCCAUAAAGAAUUUUUGUGCGAAACAUUACAGGGUUCGCUUUGGCAGCUAAGCACAGUGUUUCCAAGUGAAUGUGCUGAGGGCUUCAUUUUCAAUUAGUCAAUUAGUUGACGGGGCGUCGCGCUUGAAUCUACGUGCGGGAACGCCGGCGCGGCAGGAUGAGUGGCGCCGCGCUGGGCAUCGAGAUCGUGGUGGUGUUUUUCCUCGCGCUGUUCCUCCUCCAUCGCUAUGGAGACUUCCGCAAGCAGCAGCGCAUGGUACUGUUCGGCACACUGCUGGCCUGGUACCUGUGCUUCCUUAUAGUAUUCAUCCUGCCUCUGGACGUCAGCACGACUAUUUACAACCAGUGCAGAAUUGAUAAUAAAGAGCAUGCAGCCAUAGGCCUGCCUGCUGUGUCCUCAGCUUUCUCCAACCAGACAACAACAAACUCCACUGUCCAGCCCACUAAAAGCGUUCCGAAGGUGUGUUACAAGCCAUGGAGCUACAUUCCGGAUGGGAUCAUGCCCGUCUUCUGGAGGGUUGUGUACUGGACUUCACAGUGCCUCACAUGGCUGCUGCUCCCUUUCAUGCAGUCGUACGCUCGCUCCGGCGGUUUCUCCAUCGCCGGGAAGACCAAGACGGCGCUCAUCGAGAACGCCAUCUACUACGGGACCUACCUGCUCAUCUUCGGCUCGCUGCUCAUCUACGUGGCCAUUCACCCGCAGUGGCGCCUGUCCUGGUACGAGCUGCAGACGAUAGGGAUCACGGCGGCCAACACCUGGGGCCUGUUCCUGCUGGUGCUGUUGCUAGGCUACGGCCUGGUGGAGAUCCCGCGGUCCUACUGGAACAGCGCACGCCGCGGUCACCUGCUUAUGAAGACCUACUUCAAAGCGGCCAAGCUGAUGACAGAGAAGGCCGACGCCGAGGAGAACCUGGAGGACAUAAUGGAGGAGGUGAGGAAAAUUAGUGAGGCCAUUAAGUACAACCACCCCCUGAGGAAGUACAUCGACACCAUUCUGCGAAAGUGUCCCAUCGAGUACCAAGAGAAGAUGGGGAGGAACAUGGAUGACUACGAGGACUUUGACGACAAGCAGAACACCUACCCCAGCGAGAAGAGCCUGGUGAAGCUCCAUAAGCAGGUGAUCUACGCGGUGCAGCGGCACAACCGGACGCGGGUGCAGUGGCAGAUCCUGCUGGAGCAGGCCUUUCACCUGGAGGACGUGGCCAAAAACGAGACCAGCUCCUCCCGGCAGUUUGUCCACAGCUUCGCGCCGGCCGAGCCCCCUGGCUGGUUCGCCCGCUACAUCUACACCUCCACAGUAGAAUGGUACUGGGAGUGCCUCCUGAGGCAGUGGUUCUACCGCGUCCUGGCAGUGGUUCUGUCCCUGUUCUCCGUGGCGGUGGUGUGGUCCGAGUGCACCUUCUUCAGCACGCGGCCCGUCCUCUCCCUCUUUGCCGUCUUCAUUCAGCUGGCAGAGCGCGAUUACAACUACCUGUACAUAGAGAUGGCAUGCUUCAUCACCAUCUUCUUCCUCUGCACAUGCGUGUACUCCACCGUGUUCCGCAUCCGAGUCUUCAACUACUACUACUUCGCCUCUCACCACCAGACUGAUGCCUACAGCCUCCAGUUCAGCGGCAUGCUGUUCUGCCGUCUAACUCCGCCUCUGUGUCUGAACUUCCUGGGUCUGAUCCACAUGGACUCGACCAUCUCGCACCAGAAGAAGGAGCAGACUGCCUACACCUCUAUUAUGGGUUCCAUGAGGGUUCUGUCCUUCAUAGCUAACGGAUUCUACAUCUACUAUCCCAUGCUAAUCGUUCUGCUCUGCAUCGCCACUUACUUCAGCCUGGGCACACGCUGUCUCAACCUCCUGGGCUUCCAGCAGUUUAUGGGAGACAACAACAUGACCUCUGAUCUCAUGGACGAGGGCAAGGAGCUCAUCCGGCGAGAGAGAAGAAAACGCCAGAGAGUGGAAGAUGGAGAUAACCGACGAAGAGAAUGGAAAGAGCGCUAUGGAAACCAGCGGGACGACUACUCCGCCAGAAACAAGAACGCCCCUGCCGAGCUGAAAGAGACCAACUACUCCGACACGGUCAACGCCAACUCUAACCGACAAGCGAAGUACUCUCGGUCUAGUGGCCGUCCGGAGAGAGACCAGAUUGAGUUGCUGCAGGAUGCCGAGCCGCUGGACUUCAAUGCAGAGGCGGCCUCCGAUGACAUGGACCUGGAGACGGGGAGGCACACGGGGGGCCGGUACCUGUCCAUGUCCUCGUCCCGCGGCCGAAUCUUUGAUGACGUGUGACCCCGACUGAGGGCAGGAGGGAGAAGGGCGGGCUCUCUCUCUCACUCCCCCCCCUUCCUCCACCACACAGGGAAGACGGUGUCCAGAGAACUGGCCCUCUCUCCCAGGAAAGUAGCAGUGCACUCCCCCACACACCCAAUGGCAUUCUUAUCUCUCUCAAAAUCUUGCAUAUCCCAACGUUGAAUUGGUGCGGUCCUCUCAUGUUCCAAAUAUUGGAACACGUUCCUGCAGCCUGGUUUUCGUUCACUAAACCAAUUCCUUUCUGACUGCUACCACUUAAGCCUCAAGUAUUUGGUCAAAUUUGCUGAGGAACGGACUUGCUCCACAUGGACAAGCCCUGUCGUUUUUAGGUUAAAACUUUUUUUCACUGGUUAAUUGUAUAAUUUGCAAAAAUUUCCAUGAAAUUACAUUGCGGUUUUUACAUAUUUAAAUUAAAUUCCAGUGAAUUAAAAAGUUCCCUUGUCUUGCCAUCUUGGUUUUGGGAUAGAGUUUGUGUGAAGCUACUGCCUUUCCACAUACAGCACUAAAAACAUUCAGCCAACUUCUCUUCAAAAAUACAUUUUGAGAAAAUGAAGCCAUGCUUACUUAAAAUUUUAAAGAAAGUCUUGGAAAAGUUGCUGGUUCACAGGUGCCGAUCCCCAGACUGCAUCAGGGCUAUAAGCACCUUCCAGCACAUUCUGUUAGCUGAGAAGUAAGAGGUAGCUAACAGUCUGUCCUCCGCUUCGUAAGGUUAUGGUUUACAAGUUUAGGAAGAGCUCAUUGGGAAAAUGUAUGUGCUAUAUGGAGGCAUUUCUUAAUAAUUAUAAAUGCUUGACCUGCAUUGCUGAUGUUGAUGGUGACUGUUUAUUUGAGUGGUGCACAGUUGUCAGCACUAUGACAGCAACAGGAAAUGCAUUCUAAUCUGGAUUAUAGCUAAUCUAUCCCGCAGAUUUGUCCAUUUUCAGUUUUAGUUUUCAGUUUUUUUUAACAGUCUAGAUCCAAUUAAAUUUCCUGGUUAUUUUUUAAGAAAAAAAAAACGAUGGGGCUUAUUCAUGUAUGGCUAAAAACCUUCUGUUGUAUCUAUGAAUGUCAGAAAUCUAUCGGAGGGAAUGAAGUUGAUUUAAUGAAGUUAUUCUUUUUUUCCAUACCUGUGUAAAUAUGUUUCAUUAUUAAUAGAAGUUGCACAAAUUAACCUUUGUGAUUGGUCCACCCCAUUCUAAUUUUUAUUGGGUGAAUUUGCUCAGAGUCAUUUACAUAAGGCCAAUCGAAAAGCUUCAAUCUGUUUAUUUCUGUCCUGCUACAAUGUCGUUUUUGUCUCCUCUUCUUGUUAAUUCAACUCUCUGAAAUUGUAUUUAUAUGUGAAUUGUACAUACUUGUGUAAAUGUAGUUGCAAUAUGGGGCAAGCUUGUUACAAUGGUGUGGUUUGUAAAUACUGACAUUUCUAUAUAACUAGAUACAGUAGCUUGCAUUUGUCUAAUAUUGGCAUACAUACAUUAUUAUUAUUAUUAUUAUUAACACUAUUAUUAACACUAUUAUUAUUUUUAAUUUCUUUAAAAAAAUUUUUAAUUUAAUUUAAUUUAAUUUAAUUUAAUUUAAUUUAAUUUAACCCCCCCCCCCCCCACUACAUGCAGCCUGUUUGGCUUGGAUAUUACAUGGUAAAGCGGCUGUUUUCUGGUGCAUGAAGCAACCACACAGCUCACUGGAAUUAUUUUUUUUUCCAAUCCUUGUUGGAUUAGAUCAUUUUGCAAAAACACAUUGUUUUUGGGAACGUGCAACUCUCUUGCAGGGUAUCUUUGGUGCUCUAAAAUCUUAAGGCAGCAGACUAAGUUGCUGCUGUGUCAAACGAAACAACCCUUUCAGUGACUGAUUUAGUUUGUCACAUUUUGAUGAUGUCAGUGUGCACUCACUGGUUAGUGAGGGGCAGGGACCGAGGGGAUGAUAGGGCAGACCGGCUUUAAAGUUGGAGAGCACUUCAGAAUUGUAAUUUGGAGACGUUCCCUAAGAGUAAAGCAGUCAUUCGCAGACUUAUUUGCUGUUUGAUGUUUAGUCGGCAGCCAUGUUAGUACUCUCAUGAUUUUGAAUGCGGCCUCUGCUGCUUGAGCGGCUCAGUCGCAGGAGGUUUCUUCACUGGUUGCUAAAGCUAUUCAAAGUGAGCUGUAAUGCUAAUUUCCGUCUGCUAGGCUACAUGUGUGCAAGGCAAGGACACCUACUGAUAACAAAAAUGAGUUUUCACAACCGUAGCUUGAUACGAUCAAUGAUUAACAUUGACUUUAUUGGCGAUUAGCGUCCGUCAACUGUUUGUUUAACAAGCUGGGACAUCUGUAGCGAAAACUGGUUUUCCUACCAGCCAUCUGCUUUGUAACCGGAGAUGGCUGUGGAUCUUCUUAAUGGCAGCACCACCGGGACCUCCUACAUCAUCUGUCCGUCUGCCCAUUUUUACAAAGAAAGUAUGACUCUUAACUGAAGGUUGCAUGGGAAUGACCUCCAAUCUAUGCACACACCUAGCUACAGAUGUUUCCUGGCUGUAGAAUUGUACAAAUGUUUGCAUGCUAUCUCCAUGCACUGAAAUGCACUGAAGGCGCUUGCUGUCGAAAAUUUGAAGAAUCCCUGUAGUGGAAACGGUUCAGCGAUAUUUAAUGUACAAUUUAAAUUUGUGUGCAAACAACAAUAUAUACUAUUCUGUGUAUAGUACAGUAAGGUGUUACAACAAAAACAUGAAUUUCAUGGGUCAGGUUGUUUGAAGAAUGCAUUUUUUGUGUUUAUUGGAAAUGAAAUGUCUGCUGUUGGCCUUAUAAUGCUGAAACACUUGAAUAAAUUAAUGUAGAGGCAUAUAUCCACUAUUUGUAAGUAUGGGUGAAGUUUUUUUCGAUGGAAUUUUAAUUACCAUUUAGCAGCUUUGAGACAGUUACAUUUACCGGCAUUUCCCCAGACAGGUUGUUAAUGGAAGUACAUAUGAGCAUGCAAAAGUGUUUGGAACAAAUUUCAUGCAAAUUCUACUCAUGCGUGCUGAUGCAGACUCAUGCACUUUUCAGUAUGCCAGGCCAGUAUGUUAUUUUUGUGGAACCUGCACAGUGACGGACAGCGUCCUCAUAAAAACUUCUUUCUUGUUUUGUUUUGUUUUGUUUUAUAAAAUGCACAUGUAUAAUAAGACUACAAAAGUGAUGGCAUGCAUCAUAGGUGACUUCAGAUAGCCCAUGAGAAGACUUAUGAGUGAGAAAACUGUACUCGCUGAGUCUGUAGAGUAGAAGUAUAGUUGGUUGCUCAUCAGUGCCCAGGAAGAGUGCGUUUUACUGAAAUGGUGCAGCUCAAGUUGGACCUACAUAACAGGUCUACAGUAAAUACCUAUGUGCUGAAAUUGCCAAGGCACUGCCUUGAUUUUAUAUCAGUGACUGUUUGUACGGUUUGAAAGCCAGUUUGAUCUAGCCAUAGAAUGUUAUCUGCUCGUUUAAAAGCUUGUCAGUUGUGUUAACCGGUGGUCCAUAUUGUUAUUGAACGGGCCUUAACUGAAGGAGUGUGAUGGAAGAUUUAGCAUUAAACAAUAAAGCUGCCACGAGACAAUCACUUUACUGUUAAUUUUUUGGAAGCACAUUUGCCAUGGAUUAAAAUUGGCACAAUCAUGAGGCUGCAUGGGGAACCAUAGCCAUCAGUGGUACAGUAUUAUAGACUGCCCUUUAAAAAAAUGCAUUCCACUUAAAACUGUCUCGUGAAAUACUAGCUCUGACUUAAGCCUUGAAAAUCUUUCUUCUUUCUGCGUGGAAGUUAUGCUUUUGCGUGUCUUGUCACUUUAGCCACAUUGAUCAGUAACUAUAUUAUAUUUGACUAAAAAACAAAUUUUUCUUCUCAUGAAAGGUUAUUUCUAGCUACUGCAAGAAAUGAUUACUUUAUUAAAUAAGAAUAAUUGGAAUUAUAGCUUUUUUUCAACAAAAAACAAUUUAACUUGUAGCUUAAAACUGGCAUACCCAUGGAUGUAUAAGAAGUACAUUAGAACUGGUGGAGUCGCAUGCAAUGGCUGCUGCAUUAGAUUUUUAUUUUUUAUUUUUAUUCCUUAAGCACUCCUGUUGUGAAAUUAAUAUAAUUUCAUAUGAUGUUGUAAUUUGCAAUAUUUACAUGCUACAUAGUUUGAUCACCGUAUUGUAUUUAUUUAAAUUUUAAAUGAGAAUUCCUUGUGAUCCAGAAGACUAAAGUGCAUGGGAUUUCCUCAUUUAUAAUCUUAAGAGAAUAAAAAUCUUAUUUUAGAAUCUACAUUUUUAGAAAACAAUAAAUUGUUUUAUGUAUACUGUGUUCUUAGCUCUGUGUGCGUUUGUCUGCCAAAUGAACAUGAUAUUAUGGUCAUUGAAUGGAGUAGAAUGGUUAACACAAUGAUAGUUAAUUACGCAGCAAUGUUGUUGAGAAAGAGAUGAUGCAUAAAACAGUGGGCACUGGGACAAUUUUGCUUAUAAUUAUCUAUAAAGUAUUGAUUUAUGGAAGAAUAAUGUAUGACUAACCUCACUUUAAUACGAUGUAUGGCUGUUUGUCAAUACUUGCACCUGUUCCAAGUGGAUUUAUACUGCUAAUUAUUUAAAUUGUGCUAUUAUGCAUUGUAAUAUCACUAUUUUUCCAUACCUUAUCUGCUGAAAGUUGGUAACACUGGUAGUAACUACAGAGUCUUAUUUAUUAUGAAACUUAGCGCCUGUGUACCGUGGUAGAUCUUGAAAAUAAUGAUUAAUACUAUAGAAUGGCUUUAGGAGCAGCCAUUUUGUUGGCCUGUGCAGGGGUUCACAUCCAGUUUCUUCUUUUGAUUUGUGAUGCGUCAGUUUGUGCCGUCCCUUCAGUGUCUCUAAUCAUGACAUUUGUAGAUAGACUGGCCAUCAGAAUUUGAAGCCUUUCCUGAGCUUAGCAUAGGUGGAGCAUCUUGGAGAGCUAGGAUAAGAGAAUAGUGCCACAGGUCACCAUAGUUACAGUGUGGUCUGAUGCAGAAGGUGCUUAGGCUAUGAGUCAUCCAUUUCAAUCAGCUGGCUUGUGUCCUAUUGAGAAUUUUUGAAACAAAAUUGCAACCAAGGUACCUGAGAUAUAGGACCCCAGGGACCCACUGGGGAACUAUUGCACAAAAAACAAAUCCUUAUUCAGGCUGGAAGGGGUGUGAUGGUUUCCAUCAUUAUAUUGAAGGGGAUGUGCAAGGCAUAAAUAUUUCUCUUAUUCAUGUAUUUAUGUAAAUUUAUGACAGGUUUUUGCAUACUCAAGCAUUUUAUCUGUACAGCGAGUGAUUCUUCUGCACUGAAAAUGCACUGGGUAUGUCUGUCUUCAGACUCAUUCUGUAAGUCUUUUUUCUUUUUACAGAAUAUUCAAAAACAAACUGUGUCAGUCUGUGCUGGUCAUUUGCCCGGGAAUGCCACAAAGUUGUUUGCACGGCUCUUCCUGGCACAAACUCCCGAGAAAUCAAAUUAACCACCCUCCCAUGGCAACAUUGAAAGAACGGAUGAUGUAUUGAUUUAACCGACAUUGGCAGGGAAAUACAUAUGUAGCCUUCACACUUCAAUACCAAGGCUCUUUAGUGUAUACCACAUUGCAAAGAGGUGAAUUUGAACACAGUGCUCAAAAUCUCGGAAGUAGAAUGUAAUUGUUUUACUAUGCAGAACUCCAUGUAAAUAGACCAUUUAUUUUUUUCCCCCUCCCCCAUGUAUUGGCAGUGAUUCAGGAGCGUUCUGUCAUUUGAUAUGAACUAUUUUCAUCCCAUUUGGGUUGACCAUAGCACAGGUAACAAAUAGCGUAGUCUAGAGCGAUACACGUUGUAAAUAUUUAAUUGCAGCUAUAUUGACUCUGUCCACCGCCGAAUGAAUAAGUCAUUUUGACACGGGUGUGCAAAAAAUUGUAAUCUGAUGCCUGUUUGUGAUUACCUUGUUACAGAAAAUGAGGCCAACCUUGUAUCUGCUUUUUUCUUUAUUUUCUACUUUAUAUGAAAUUGUGGGAUUUUAAAUGUUCAUUUCUUGUCAUUUAGAAUUGAAACUGUAACUGGGAAUAUGCUGUACUGAAGGACAUUAAUGUUUAAGAAUCCUGAGUGAUAGAUUGCCAUGACUUCCUUUUUUUAAUUGUGCACCUGUAUUUCCUUGGUAGACACAUGUUCUGAGUCUGAAAUUUGAUAAUUUAUUGGUUAUGAUCUACACGGUGUUCUUUGGAAUUAAAGAAAAAAACAUAUAGCAAUGUUGUGAUGUAUAUCAAAAUAAAAUGUUUAUGUGAAGGCCUCCCUAGUUUCAUUUGACCAGAGACAAAAAAA